AUGGUUCAUAUCGGUAGUAUACCGGGUGCAUUGCUCGCUUUCGUUCUCUGUGAGAGAGUUGGUCUUCUUUGGUCCAUGCGACAGCUCUGUCUGCUUUGGAUGGCGGGUGUUAUUAUCGUGAUCACGUCCGCCGGGAAACUGGGACAAUUGUACGCGGGUCGGUUCAUCAUGGGGUUGGGAAUCGGGCAGGCUGGGGUAGUGGCUCCAACGUAUUUGGCCGAGAUUUCACCCGCUCAUGCUCGGGGAAUGAUGGUGAGUCUUUUCGCCAUGUCGGAGUAUAUCGGGAUCAUGAUCGGUUAUUUCUCGGCCUGGGGUGCCUCGCUGCACAUCUCGGACUCAACUGCUCGCCAAUGGAUCAUUCCUCAGAGCGUGCAAAUCAUCGUUGCGGGACUUCUGAUCCUUUCAUCUUUUCUCUGUGAAGAGAGUCCGAGGUACCUGGGGAAGACCGGAAAUUGGGAAAAAGCAAGUCUUUCUUUGGGCAGCCUAUGGGGAUUACCUGCGGACCAUCGUGAAGUCGUGACGGAGGUUGAAGGCAUGAAGAUUCAGCUUAGCUCGGAUUAUACCCAGGACACGAGUGCAACCUGGCUCAAGUCAGUCAAAGAGUUGUUGACAGUCAGAGAAAACCAGCAAAGGUUGUUUUUCGUGAUCUCCGCGCAGGUGCUUGCGCAAUGGUCCGGGGCGAAUUCUCUCACCACAUACGCACCCGAGCUGUUCUCACUUUUUGGCAUAGGAGGCCAAUCCGAGAAGUUAUUUGUGACUGCUGUCUUUGGCGCGGUCAAGUUCAUCGCAUCUCUUCUCUGUGCUAUCCUUUUAAUCGACCAUUUUGGGCGCAAGCGAUCCCUCCUUUCGGGUAUCUUGCUCCAGCAGAUUGCCAUGUUGUAUAUUGCAAUAUUCCUCACUGUCAGACCUGACUCAUCGACCGACGGAUCUGGGUCCGUGAAGAGGGCAGCUAUCGCAGCCAUCGUCUUCAUUUACAUCGUCGGUAUCGGCUGGGCGAUGGGAUGGAAUUCCAUCCAGUAUCUGAUCAACGCGGAGAUAUUCCCGCUGCAGGUCCGGUCCACAGGAUCCAGUCUCCUGAUGACUUUCCACUAUGCCAAUCGAUAUGGUCUUUCCAAGGUAUGCCCGGUGGAUCCAUUGUAA